UACAUCGUGUAUGAGAGGGAUGGAGUAAAUAUUUUUGAAAUGGAUGUGACAGCAAUAGUGGCUGUUUCUCUUUUUACCAUCAUCUUCGCAGUCGGGGUGCCAGGAAAUUUUUUGGUGGUUUGGGUGUUCGCCAAGAAAUCACGUAAAACGACGACGUCUUUGCUGAUUCUGAGCCUCGCCAUCAUCGACCUGUGUGCCUGCUUGAUCGCUCCUGUACAUCUAGUUCGAGCUCUCGGCGGCGUCUUUAUCAACGCUUUCGUUUGUAGGUCGAGCAUUUAUGGGAGUCGUGCCUUUUCAUUUUCGGCGCUCUACCUGACAUCCUGCAUCGCUCUUGACCGUUACAUGGCCGUCUGUAGACCCUUAGAGACACGCUCAAACCCACGCAGGGUCACUGCUGUGAUCCUAGUGAGCAUAGGCCUGGCCGUAUCUGGUAACUUUCAAUAUGCUUUAUAUGUGAUAUUGUUUCAGAUCGGUCCGGUAAAGAAGUGCAUUUACCGAGGGGGACCCGACUGGCUGGAUUUAAGUAACGAGAUCUUCACAUCUGCAUCCUACUUGCUAGCAUUGAUUAUCUGCACAUGCGUCUAUGUCCGCAUCUAUCUGGAAAUUCGCAAACAUAUUAAGGUUAGGGCAGGUCUUACAGGAAAAGAAGUCCAAGUACCCCACGGUACAGCCAAACCAGCCUGGAACACAAAUCAGUCUUGUCUUCCGCAACAGAGUGGACCAACAGCGGAUUGUCCUACAAACCAGGGAAAGGUCACCACCGCUCCAGCUCCAAAGUUGCAGUCUCGCGGCGGCAGCAGUGGGAUAGGACCAGGCGCAACAACCAAUGGAAACCCACUGAAAAACCUGUCCGAGGUAGGAACCACCCAGGUCCUGCACAUCAAGGUACCCGAAAUUGUGCCAGCUAUUCCUUCUGCUGCGGAUUAUUCGUCUAAUCCAGCUUCCGUCGGUCAAGACCAACUCAAUGUUCCUGCGAGAAAAGACGCCGGUCAGCCUUUCCAUCGCAAUCGGCAGAAGAAAGAACGCGUCAUGACUCGGAUGUUGCUCGGGACCAACCUCAUCCUCAUCCUGUCCUGGCUACCAUCUUUCAUCCUUACCAAUAUUCCUGAUGAAGCAGUGGCUGACUACCGUAGCACAGCAUCUCAGGGCGGCGUUAUUUCGUUCUGCUAUCAUCUGCGCACACUUAAUCACAUUGUCAGUAUCUUUGUCUAUGCACUCCUGAACGCAAACUUUAGAAAAGAUUGCAAGGCCAUAUUUGCUAGGCGUAUCCAUCAUGAUGAGGAGGCAACCCAGACACCCAAUACUCCUACACGCGAAGAGAUGACGUUUGAUCCAACCUCCGAUGGCGGACGUUCUCCAACCCCAACCCCCUGUGCCAGCCCUCCAGCUGAAGUAGACCACCAGCAGACUACCCGCAGUGGCCGUGUGAUCAAGAAGCAUGAGAAGUUAACUUAUUGA